AUGGGUUCAUUUUUCAAACAAGUCCUCCAUAACCAGUCGCGUGAGUUACGUAUGAGUAAGAAGUCGAAAAGGGGGCAAGAACAGAAAAGAGAAGUGCCCAAUGCUCCAGGGACUGUUAGUAUUUUUGAUGAUGUGCUAGGUUCCAUCACAUCACUAUUCACCUCUAAUAAUGCUGAAAAUGUAUCAAACCGCAAGAAGGUGAGACCAAACGACGAUCAGCUUGAAGCUUCAGGAGAUAAAGCAAGCUUAAAAAUGCUUCCCACUUAUGUACGUGCGGUUCCGAAUGGCGAGGAAAAUGGCGAAUUUCUAGCCUUAGAUCUUGGUGGCUCACAUUUCCGCGUACUCUUCAUCAAACUCAAUGGACGAGAAGCUGAGAUGACAGGAAAGAUAUAUCAUGUUCCUGAGAACUUGCGAAAAGGAAGUGGUACAACUGUAAGUGCUGUCACUCAGACAAGCAUGAAAGUUCAAAAAGUUGGAUACAAAGAUUAA